AUGGGCGUUCACCGGAAUAGCCCAAAGUCGAAGAAGAUGAAGGCGAACACACUGAAAUCUCUUCUCGAACUUGAUUCCAUGUACAGGCGUAGAAGCUCAGAGCAUUAUGGGAUUCUCUCUUUAAUUUCACACUGCUCUUACACAUCCACAUUCAUCAAUCCAUCAGAAUCGCCCUCGUUGCAAUGCCUGAAGCGCGAUAAGCUCAUCAAGCUUCUCUCUCUGCUAAAGCAAAUGAGAAACGGUCCAUGCCUGCCCGAUGAAGUCCUCUCGCCCCUCUUCUCUAUGAUACAGGACCACCUCUUCCGGCGCCUCCCGCCUCCCAGCACCUCCAUCUUGCUAGACGACGACGACCUCAUUGCCACCCCGGCUGCCACCUGGCCCCACCUCCAGCCCGUCUACGACAUCCUCCUCUGCCUAGUCAUCAACAUGGAGCCUAAAACGCUAGGAGAGUAUAUCAAAGACUCCUUCAUCCUCAACCUGCUGGCGCUCUUCAAGUCCGAUGACCUGAGGGAGCGAGAGAGCUUGAAGAAACUGUGCCACCAGAUAUACUCUAAGUUCCAUGGCUCGAGAUCUUUCAUGAGGAAAGCAAUGAACGAUGUUUUCUUGCAUUAUACGUUCGAGGGUAAUGAGAAGCAUGCGGGGAUUGGGGAUUUGCUUGAGAUAUGGGGGACGAUCAUCAAUGGAUUUAGCGUCCCGUUGAAGGAGGAGCAUAGGCUUUUCUUGAUGAGGGUUCUGAUGCCGUUGCACCGGCCUAAAGGGAUGCAGGCGUAUCACAAGCAGUUGGCUUACUGUGUGCAUCAGUUUGUGGAGAAGGAACCGGUGCUCGGGGUGGCUGUGGUUAGGGGGAUUCUACGAUAUUGGCCGACGACCAAUUGCCACAAAGAAAUUGUGCUGAUAGGAGAGUUGGAAGAUUUGGUUGAGAACAUGGAGACUGAGGAGUAUAAGGCUAUUGCUUUGCCUUUGUGCAAACGGAUAACAAAGUGCUUCAACAGUCAAAACUCGCAGGUUGCAGAACGAGCGUUGUACAUGUGGAACAACGAGCGGUUUGUGAAGAUGGUGAUCCAAGCAGAAGCAGUAGAAGAGGUGCUAUCCGUGGUAGUGGAAGGAAUGGAGAAGAAUGUGAGAGGGCAUUGGAGCAAAAGCGUGCGUCAGCUGACACAGAAUGUGAAGGAGAUGCUGGUGGAGAUGGAGCCUGUGCUCUAUGCCCGGUGCCUAGCACAGCUCGAUCAUAGCCACUCGGAGGUGGAGACGAAGCGGAAACAGAAGUGGGAGAGAGUGGAAAUGGCAGCGAAACUCAACCAAUUCAUCCAAGAGUCUCUCAGAUCAGGCCUUCCCGAUUAA